GCUUCUAUAUAUUUCUCACACCAGAGCAAGGAACGAUAGAUCAUCUCUAGCUCCCUGCUCUGCAUCCAGCCAGCCAUGGCCACCUUCCAGAUCACCCCUGUGCUUGUGGAGCGCAACGAGCUCAAGUUCAGUGGCCUCUACAUGUAUCACACGACCUCCGGCCCGAACCGUAACCAAGAGUCACUGGUAAGCAAGAACGGGUUGGGUUCGCUGGUUGCGAACAACUGGGAAGUACGCGACGGCCCUGAUCCCAACGCCAAAGUCAUCGCCCGCGCACAGAGCAUGCAUAUGAACACCGGUGUCAACCAAAUCUGGCAGAAUUUCUUCUGUCUGGCCUUCGAGGACGGCAGGUUCAAGGGUUCCACGUUUCAGGUGAUGGGAUUAGAUGUCGUCAGGGGUGAAUGGGCUAUUGUGGGGGGAACGGGAGAAUUCUCCAUGGCAACGGGUGCCAUUUACAAGAAGUUCCACAAGAAAACGAGUGAAGGGGACAUAGUGGAACUUACAAUCCAUGGAUUUUGUCCCGUUCUCGAAGGGUCAAAGCAGGACAACCACUGCUCGUCAUCUGGUGCCUGACGUCUCGUUGUGCUCCAGCAUCUGUUUGUAUCGAGCGGAUCUUUGCUCCUGCCGACCUGUGUGUUUGUGUUUGCUCCUGUCAUCCUGUGUCAAAUAAAGAUCUCGAUCAGAGACUGUGUUCCUGUGCUUCUGUAUCUGUUGUGAAAUAAAGAUCCUUGUUUGUAAACCACUAUUAAAUUGGUCA